CUCAGUCAAAAUGGCCGCGAAAAACGUGCUUGGGCGGCCACGCAUGUCUGGCAUUGCAGGGUGACGUCAAAGGGCAGCGGAAGACGUCAUAUUUUAGAGCCAGAGGAGACGAUGCCUAAGAGCUGUGUGGCCCCGGAGUGUAGGUCGGAAGGAGCGCGGGAAAGUUACUACAAGUUUCCUUUGCAUGACAAAGUGCGCCUCAAGCAAUGGCUGAGCAAAAUGAACAUGGAGAAUUUCUUUCCUUCCAAGAAUCAGUAUCUGUGCGGCAAACACUUCAAACCAUCUUGUUUCCAAGUCAGAUUGGGAGUUCGCUACCUGAAAAAUGAUGCGGUUCCGACAGUCUUCUCAUCCAGUGGACUUCCAAACAAGGCCCAUUCAGCAAAGAGCCGGGCCCUGAGCUCUGCACAAAGUGUAAGCAAUGAGUUCUGCAGAUCUUCCGUUUCAAAUAUGGGCAUUGAUGAGGCUCGGCCACUGUCCGAAGCUUUGACGUUUACCCUUGAUCCUACUUUCGCCGCUGGUCAGAUGUCCAUUAAUGGAACGGAGAUGUUGGUCACAGAUCCUAAUGCACUGGCUCUUCCCACUACAGUGAUGGGGGCUGUGAAUUUGGUACCACUGGUUCAUAUCGUUGAAUCGUUUGAUGGGUUGUCGUUGGCAUUGGCUCCUGCUCAAGGGUUUCCUUCUGUGGGUUUGCCUAUUGUGGUGGCCAAGCAGCAGCAGCCCCAUCAACUACCAUUGGUCCAACCCAUUACAAUCUUGUCAGAGGAGCACAUUGCCUCUACCGCAUUACAGCAAGGCUUUUAUGACAAUCAAGUCUUGCAGUCAGCAGGAGCAGGAGAUCCGACCUUUAUUCAAGUAAAUGAUGUGUCUAAUAAUGGUGCUCUAGUCAUGGAAAAUAUCUCCAUAGAGCCGUUUUUUGAAGCAGGGCUGCCUACACCAGAACCAGUAACCAUGUCAUCGGAGGAUGUAAUCUCUUAUCUGGAAACCAUGCAGACAGCCACAGUUGGUCCUACACUUGCAGCAGGCCCUCUGCCACCACUGCCAUCAUCUCUAGAAACCGUUUUGUCAACUUCUAUCACAAGGCCCAUACCUUCCACAGUGCCCAUUGUGUCAGAACACCGUAAAGAAGUGGUCACAUCUGAUGUAACAAAGCGGAUCUGCUUAAACCCUACUCGGGAACCAGAUGGACUUUCUGAAACCUUGACGAAUGCUGAUCUGGUGUCGGUGGUGGUGAACCUACAGGAGAAGGUCAAAGCACUUCAACAGAGACAUAAGAAGCACUGCUCCAAGCUAGAAGUCAUGGAAGGCAUGGUGGAACAGCUGAAGAACGAAAACCUCAUUUCUGAAGAGAAUCUGAAUGAAAUGGAAGUUGCUUGUCUCAACUCCACCUCUGCAGCAUCAGAAGAUGGCGACACCAUUGCAAUCGUUUGCGAAGAAGACAGCCAACCCUUGGUGUAUACAUUUCCCUUCCCGGCAGAUAACCGCAAUGUCUUUCAUAUUACUGAACAAUGA